AUUAUUGCUGAAUCACUAAUACACCCCGCUACCAACUCUGGUACUACUUAAGGUUCGCGCAGCUACACGCCACAUCUCGCUCUCACAAACCAACCCCUACCUCGCAACUACCUCUACAAAACCUCAAAAUGGCCACAGACCUGGAACAGCUUCUCGAUAUGGGCUUCGACAAGGAGCGAGCCCAAAUCGCCGUCAAGAAGACCGGCGGCCUACAAGGCGCCAUCGACUGGCUGGACAAGAACCAAGAGAAGACCAUAGAGCAAAUAAAAGAAGAGGAAGAGGCUUCCGCAGAACCUGAAGCUCUCAAGCCGGGCGAAACGGCCCAGAGCUUGGUCUGCGACGACUGUGGGAAGCGGUUCCGGAGCGCAGCUCAAGCCGAGUUCCACGCGACCAAGACAAACCACGAGAACUUCUCCGAAUCAACCGAAGAAAUCAAGCCCCUCACCGAAGAAGAGAAGAAGGCCAAGCUCGAAGAACUGCGCGCCAAAAUGAUCGAGAAGAAGGCCCUGCUCGCGGAGCAAGACAAGAUCGACCGUAAGAACAACGAGAAGAUCCGCCUGAAGAACACCAAGGAGUCGCACGAGGCCAAGGAGGCGCUGGAGAAGAAGGAGCGCCUCAAGGAGGCCCAGGCCAAGAAGCGCGAGAAGCAGCUAGAGAUUGACGCCCGCAAGCGCGCGCUGGAGAAGAUCGAGGCGGACAAGGCGGAGCGGAGACGGAAGGCAGAGCUCGAGAAGGCGGCCAGGGCGGGCCAGGCUCCACCGGCGGCGGUUGAGCCUACGUAUGCCACGACUUCGGGUCCUACGACGUCGAAGCCCGCAAGUGCGUAUACUGAGACGAGGCUGGCGCUGCAGACUCCUGGGGGACGGGUCACGAAGAGCUUCCCCGUGGAGACGACGCUGUUCGAGGUCGCACAUGCGCUUUCUGAGAGCAUACCCGAGGUUCAGACAUUCACUCAGACAUUCCCCAAGAAGGUGUUUGACAGGACCGACUUCGGGCAGACGUUGAAAGAGGCGGGUCUGGUUCCUAGUGCGAUGCUUAUCGUUAAGUAGACGGGCUUAUGAUCUAGCAUUCUUACGGCAUCUUACGACCUCACGAUGGCUAUCGAGGAAGAAAGAAAUUAAAAAAUGUGAACAAAGUUUCACAUAUACAUGAUAUCCAUGGAUCUGGUGUUGUGGCAGGUCGUGCUAUCUUGCAAUAAGUAGAUAUAU